AUGACGGAUUUCCAGACAGUCACCGUGCCAACCCUGGACGAGCAAGAUCAGCGCCGAGAGGUGACCAUCGUCGCAAGCCAGAUCGUGGCCUUCGAAGCCAUUGAUGUGGCUCAAUGCACCAUCGCCUGCACCGGCGGCCACCUCUACCGACUGCCCAUGGCCCGCGCUAAGGCUGUGGCUGAGAUCAGCAAGCAACUCGACCGGCAGAACCGGCCGCUGACCCUACAACUCCACCCAGAGCUGCCGCCGUACCUGCUACUCCCGGAAGCUCACCAGCUGCUCGAUGCCGCGACCCAUCCCCGGGACCACCUGCUGGCGUCACUACUCUGGCACACCGGCGCCCGGAUCUCUGAAGCGUUGGCCAUCACCCCGGAACACCUGGUGCUCCAGGAUCAGUGGUCGUCAGGGGUGCUGCUGGACCAGCUCAAGAAGCGGGGCCGGCCGCGCCAGCCAAAACGCCAGGCGUUACGCAAGCGGUGGGUACCCAUCACCGACGAACGUUUUGUCCUGGAGCUACAGCGGUACAUCGAGGGCCAGGGUAUUCGGACCGAUCCGGACACCCGCACUGCCUACGAGCUGACGGCCUUCAAGUCCUUCGUAACCACCUAUGAAAUCAGGCCCGACAAGCAAGCGGAACCGUUCUCUGUAAGCGUGCGGGUAAAGUUUUCGAACCACUGCUACUCCCGAGAAAGGAAGGAAGAACCGGCGAACCAGGUCAUUGAUACGCAGAACAGGAAGGACGGCACUACGGAACAGCGGGUGUUUUGUUCUGAUCGUUGGGGGUUUUGUCAGGACCUUCCUGGCAUCAUCGAAAACCUUGGGUUGCAGAAGUGCCUCGUAGGCGGUGGAAGGGAUAUCAUCUAUCGUCAGGAACAGCGCAGCCACGUUACCGCUCACGAUGGAUGGUAUAUCUGCAUGCGCCUGGACUACCGAGCAAACAGGAACCCUGCUUUUGAGCUGUGGGUGAGAAGCGUUCACUGGCGGCGCAAUCGACCGGUAGACAUCCGGAAUCACGGAGGGCAGAAGUUCCGUGUGCUCCUGUCACGAUUCGCCGGAGAGAGGGGGGUUCCUGAACGGCUAUUCACUACACUUUCCGAGUGGCAGAAGCGCCAGAUCAACCCGCCUGGCCCUGCCGCGCCUUCUUCCCUAUUGCCCGCCAAGCAUGGGACUGGUGUUUAUAGGAGUGAUGGAGGGAUGCAACAAUCUUUAAGGAUCGCGAAAUCGAACGCCCUGGUAGAGGCGGCUUACAAACUCACCCUCAACGAACAGCGGCUGCUGCUCGCCGUGAUUGCCCGGAUCGAUUCAAGACGAACGAUGCGGCACUUCACGUUCUCAAUCACGGCGCAUGAGUUUGCCCAGAUGUUUGAUGUCGAACUGCACACGGCCUACGAGGCCCUGCAGGACGCCUCAACGUCUUUGUUUGAGCGAGACAUCCGAACCUUCGAUGGCCGCACUAAAGCGCGUUUCAGAUGGGUUGAGAGGAUCGCCUAUGUCGAUGGAGAGUCACGGGUGGAGCUCACGUUUACUCUUCAUGUAGCACCUUACCUGUCCCUGCUGCAUAAAAAUUUCACCGCCUACGGUUUCCACCAGGUGUCACAGCUCAAAUCCAGCUACUCCAUCCGCCUUUUCGAGAUGCUUAUCCAGUACCGCAAGACUGGUUGGGUUCAGAUAACCCUGGACAAAUUCCGUGAGCGACUGAUGCUGGAAUCCAGCUACAAACGCUAUGACAACCUGAAAGCCAGGGUGAUCAAGCCGGCCGUGAAAGAGCUGGAAGAAAAGUCUAGCCUGAUCAUCCAGUGGGAACCCAUCAGAAACGGCCGAAAGAUCGAAGCGCUCCGCUUUACCUUUAGAGAGGAUGAACAACGGGAUCUGUUCAAGGAUGAGUUAGAGGAUGAGGUCGUCGCAGAGGUGGAUUGA